UUUAAUCCUUCAGGUACUGGUGCCUCCAAAGCACUGGUUAGGGGAGUGCUUUCUUCCCUUUAGUUUAUUGAGGAAGAUGCCUCCCAAUUGUAAUCCAUUGUAAUGCAGCCACAAACUGGUGUUUGUCAGCUGGUGCACUGGGAUCCCAGAAACUCUUAGGUUAGGACAGACUGAUGGCCUCCUCAAGCUUUACGGUCCAUCAAUCCACUCUCGGUGAAUUACAAGGUACUAGUGCUGGAGUACCUGGACUCUCUAGAUUUGCCCCCAGCAGUGUUUGCAGACUGAGGAAAGUGGUGACAAAGGAUGGCAGCCUAGGCAUGCCAGGAAAUCAAGCUGUGUCCUUAGGCUGCCCCCAGAAAGAGUUAAUGUAGAGCCAUGUUCCAGGUGUUUGAAGUGACUACAAUUGCAAAGGGGAGGAGAGGUCAUUUUUGGGUGGGGAGAGCAGCCCUCUCUGUGGGCCAAUGGCUAAAUGAUUCAGUCUCAACGCCCAGUUUUGGGGAUUAUUUCAUGGGCAAAAAUUCACAGGACUUUCCUCUCAAGGGGAUUUGUCCUGGAUGAAAACUAGGGACUGGACCCCCAGACUUGUUGGUGUCUCCCUGUCUGUGCUGUAGAAGGUAAGGUGCUGUGUGCUGCGGCCUUGCUUCUUUCAGGCGGGUAGUGGGGAGUUCUUCCCUGGCUGCCUGCACUGAAGGUAUCUAUUGUGCCUGUGUCUACAGCUCCUCUUUUUAGAAGAGCCAUGUUGCAGGGUGGUGUAAGGGCUCUGCUAGGAUAGACUGUGUAUUUGGGACACAGCCCAGCAGUUGAAUUGAGAUACGUGGCUCAUUUCUAGACUCAGUUUUUUGUGCGGCCCUGCUGUAUAUUUCUUCAGCUGUCUUGCUUCUGAUGGAAAGGAAAUGCAGAAGGUUUCAGCAGAAAAGCUGAAGUCUUGCUUUGUGACCCUGUUAGAUCAGCCUGGGUUGCUAUAAAUGGCCUAAUGCAUUGCUGGUAGAGUAACUGCAGCAGCAUGGGGCAUCUCUAGGUGCAAACUUCACUGAAACAGUGAGAAAUUUGUUCAGAUAGAAAAUCCUGUGUGAACCAAGUAACACUACAGCCCUCCUGGCUCAGUCUCUGCAUCAAGGAAGGGGAGCUGUGCUGUAUCUGCGAGUGUGGGGCUAUGCAACUACCAUCAGGAAAGGGCCACUGUUUACUGACUUGCUUUUCAGUGGAGCAGAGAAAUAGGACAGAAUAAGCAGUUUGUGGCAAGAUUACAAGGUAGUGUGCCAGUAUUAGCAAGAACAGACUCUGUGGCUCAGGAGGUCUGCCUCUUCUGUGCCCUAUCCCUAAGCUGCAGAUGGAAAUCCCAGAGUCAUCAUCAGUUUGUAAGUUAGGCUUUUUCUGCCUCAUCUAGCUUGUGUUCUGGGUAUAACAUGCUGGGAUGUGUAAGUCACUUUUGUGUCCAUUUCUGGGCCUUGGAGGCAGCUGUUCCUCUGCUGUGUGUUGCUUUUUAGUCAGGUUGAACUACAGACUCUUUGGGGGCAGUGGUGCCUUCUGGAUUUCCCUCUUGGCCAUACCAGUCUUGCUCCAUUUCCUAAGCAUUGCCUUUUGCUCUAGGCUCUCUGGGCUGGCCUGUUCUCUGCCGACAGAAGUAAGUGUCUAACCUCUAUCCUGCCACUGCUCAGUACGUCCUGAUAACACUGAAGAAGAACUACCUUCUUGGCAUCUGAUAUUUGAUUUGCAGUGCUGCAUUUCUGUCUGUAGACUGGAGGAUCAUACUACAUAUGAACGCACAUAGUGGGCCAGCCCUUGUGUUUGCAGGUUGGGGUGUACAAGUUGAUAGCUGGGAGUAGAAAGUGGGUGACCUGGUCCUUCUGUCAGUGGACUAUUGAAUCUGCAGUCAAGCAGUGACUACAAAAUGCUGCUAAUUCUUGGCUUCUGGCUUUAGCGUGGCUUUUUCCUCCUCAGUGCAGGAGGUCUACCAUGCAGGGGUGUAGCUAACGCACAGAAAUGCCCUAAUCUUUCCCACUGUAUUGCUCUCUCACUUAUGCAUGGGGUUUCACUACAUCCUGGCACCAAAUAGGGCCCUACUUGCUGCUGCUGCUGCUUUGUCCAUAGGCAGUAAGGAGUGUCUACAGCUUUUGGAAGUUUUACUUAUGGGCUGCAUCCCCAAAUGCAUCCCUAGACAAGAUUCCUUGUUUGACAUGUGUUAACUAAGCCCAGGAAAUUCACUUUGCACUGACAGCUCUCAGGAUGGACUCGUACCUGAUCCAAGUGAAUGGCCAUGGAGAUCAUGCCCCUGUGCUAGAUGUUCAUCUCAAGAACACUGGGAACACCAUAUCACCAGGGAAGGUGAAAGGUCGGAAGCCAAGAUGGGCUGUCAGGGCUUCUGAAAUGUCAAAGAAGACUUUCAAUCCCAUCCGAGCCAUUGUAGACAGCAUGAAGGUGGAACCCAACCCAAAGAAAGCCAUGAUCUCCUUAUCCCUAGGAGACCCGACGGUCUUUGGAAACCUUCCCACAAAUGAUGAGGUCACACGGGCUGUGAAGGAGGUUUUGGACUCAGGACAGUACAAUGGUUAUGCUCCAUCUGUUGGCUACCAUUCCUGCCGGGAAGCUGUGGCUGCAUACUACAACUGCCCAGAGGCACCGCUGAAGGCCCAGGAUGUCAUCUUAACAAGUGGCUGCAGCCAGGCCAUAGAGCUUGCCUUGGCAGUGCUGGCCAACCCAGGCCAGAACAUUCUGGUGCCACGGCCUGGCUUCUCCCUCUACAAGACUCUGGCAUUGUCUUUGGGGAUAGAGGUCAAACUCUAUAAUCUCUUGCCAGAGAAGGCCUGGGAAAUUGAUUUGGAGCACUUGGAGUCUUUGGUGGAUGAGAAAACAGCUUGCCUCAUUGUGAACAACCCAUCAAACCCCUGUGGCUCUGUGUUCAGCAAGAGCCACCUCCAGGAGAUCCUGGCAGUGGCAGCAAGACAGUGUGUGCCCAUCCUGGCUGAUGAGAUCUACGGAGACAUGGUAUUUGCUGACUGCAAGUAUGAACCCAUUGCAACUCUCAGCACCAAUGUGCCAGUCUUGUCCUGCGGUGGCUUGGCAAAGCGAUGGCUAGUCCCUGGCUGGCGGAUGGGCUGGAUCCUAAUUCAUGACAGGAGAGACAUCUUUGGUAACGAGAUCAGAGACGGCCUUCUGAGACUGAGUCAGAGGAUCCUAGGACCCUGUACAAUUGUCCAAGGAGCACUGGAGCGUAUCUUGCACCGAACACCACCUGAGUUCUAUCACAACACCCUAAGCAUCCUCAAGUCUAAUGCUGACCUUUGUUAUGCUGCCUUAUCAGCUAUCCCUGGCCUUCAGCCUGUCAGGCCUGCUGGAGCCAUGUACCUGAUGGUUGAGAUAGAGAUGGAGCAUUUUCCGGAGUUUGAAAAUGAUGUGGAGUUCACUGAGCGACUCAUCUCGGAGCAGUCUGUGUUCUGCUUGCCAGCCACGUGCUUUGAGUACCCAAACUUCUUCCGCGUAGUGACCACCGUGCCCGAGGAGAUGAUCUUGGAGGCCUGCAGUCGCAUUCAGGAAUUCUGUGAGAUGCACUACCAGGGUGCUGAGGGGGCCCAGGAUCUGGAGUGUGACAAGUAGCUACAGCUGGCCCCCUGCCUCUGUCAGGCUAGACCUUGUAUGAGGCAGCAGCUGGGCAGGCAAGGCUGCUUCCAGCCAGCCCCACCUCUCCCUGCCUGUAUGCAGCCACUGUCCUGCUGCUUCACUUUUUGUGCUCCACAGACUCCUCAGCAUUAUGGAAAGAGGAAGACACUUCUCUCUCCUCCUCCACUAGAGCUUGCACAUCCUCUUGCUUCCAGUCCCCUAUGUCUCUGUAGACUCGGCAUCUGUGCCCUGUGUUGUUCUGUGCUACCUGUGAACCAGCUGCAAGCAGGGGCAAAAGGUUGUUCCUGGGUUGGGCCUGUGGCUCCUAUGUUGGCCACACUUCCCCUUGGGGACAGGAGAAGGCUGCUGUCCUGGAGGAUAAGAGAGAAGUACCCACCUCGCACUUCUCUGUGUUACCUUAGGAGGCCAGAGCUCUUUAUACUGAGCCCUUUGCGUGAUAAAGGGACUAAGUUAUUGUAACUUUUUUACUAAUAAAAAUUCUGACAUGGCAGUCCUGCACUGUCCUACUGUUGCGCUAGGUUAGGCUUGGUCACUGUGUGGGUCACCUUUGCUCACCUCAUGGUAUUGCAGUGCACCAGGCACGUGCCUGCGUGCCCAGGGCCAUCCUGUGUGCUGGCGGGGAUAUGGUGAGAGUGAUUCAGACCCCCAAAGAAACCCACCAACCCUGAGAGCAGGAUGGGCCCUGAAAGCUUGACCCCAACUGGAGCCAGCCCCUCCUGCCCUGAUGGUGUUGGCAGCUUGCUGUGGCAGCCUGUCCUCUCCCCACAAUACAGUAAUGUCUGCACCUUCUCCUUGGCCCUCACAGCCUCCCCCAGUGUGGAGCCCAGCAGAGCAGUGAGUGCUGUGCUUGCUGCUGCAGGGAGGCAGCUGUCCCCAGGACUGGAGCCAGCCAUGCCUAAAUACUCGAGGCCUGGCAUGCCUUUCCUGCUGUACUGGUGAAUCAUGGGGUGGCACCCCAUGGCUCAUACUAUAUGUGGUGUUUGUGACGUGCCAGUGGUACCAGGGUUACUGAUUGCUGAAUACGUCAGCUCCAUAAAGUAAUAAGGAACUGGUGGCCUGCUGUUGUCUGUUUAUUCAACGGAAAUGGGAGGAGAUGAUAAUGGCUAUUGCAAUACUUGUUCUGGUCACAUGUACAGGUGAGAUGUUCAAUUUCUGGAACUAUCGAAGGGGCAACAUGUGGAGUACCUUACAUUGCCACCUGCAGCUCUGUUCACGUGUCCUCCCACAGGGUUGGGAUCCAUAGGUCAACCCUGCCUCCCCAAUGACAGGAGCCAGCUCUAGAUUGCACCUGGCCAGUCCUGCCAGGUUCCAUAAUGGUCUCUUUGUCUCCCCUUACCUUGCCCAGUACAAAGCCUGGGUACCAGUACUCCAUUAGAGGGAAGGGCCAAAUGAGAAAGAUAGCAGUGUGUGGAAAAGUCUUUGACAUGUCAACUGAGUGUCCAUGCUACAUCUUUUCCUUUCACAGAAAGUGAUCCCAGAACAAAAAGAGAGGGAAGCUGGGGAUAUGAGUGAAUGGUACACAGCUUCAGAGAUUUCAUGCCAUUAGACCUUCAAAUAGAGCUGAAUAACCAGAACUGCUCAAGAAAAGACAUUGACAAGUAACAAGCAGUGUAUGAAGGGUGUGUUGGACCAGGAGACCUUUAUAGCAUGAUGUUGCUGCAUUGUUAUGCCAUCUUGAACCUACUACAGCUUUCAUGUACCAUCUGCUUCCUUCAACUCUUCUCCACAUACCUUAGGUUCUGUAGCUUUAAUCCCCAUAAUAAACAGAUCCUGGUUUUAGAGAAAGCUGAUCCUUUGAGAUCACUUUUCCUUCAGGAACCCCUUUUCUUUCAGAAAAAAAGAGAAGUCUGUUAAUAUGCAAAUAUUCUGCAAUAAUUAACACAAUCCUGUUUCUUUUUGACCCUGCCACAUUUGAAUGAAAAGGCUGAGAGAGCCAGAGACAUAGGCGCAUAUAUAUAUAUCUCAUAAAUCUCAGGAUUUCUCAAAGCCACAUCCUCCAUUGUCAUCUUUUGUAAACAUAUCCUUUUGACCACACCUAGGUUUUCCCUGAGGCAAUAGCAAACUAGCAUUAAACCACAAAUGUGCUAGUGUCAUUUUUCAGGUAUUAUACUCACAGAUGCUUUGCGUCACAGUGUGGGCAUAGGUUAGAGCACCCUGCCAGCCAUACAAACUAGCCUAAGUUGGAGUUUGGAGGUACUCUGUGCCAAAGGAAACCCCUGCAGCAUUGAGACCAAGGAAGAAAUCAAGACAGAUCUGAAACUGCUCUUCAGAGAUGCUCAGACAAGAUCUGCAGAGCUUUAGCAGAGCUGCCCCAGUGGCCUUAUAACUGAUUUUGGGAAAAUAAAGGAAGAUUGGCAAGGAGGAUUGUAAAUACACUCAAAUGCCCUGCAGGUGAAGUGUAGAAAACCACAUAUACUAAUUGUUGUUUAGUCUUGUAUGUUUGGUAAGUGGUACAUCUGUCUUCAUAUAACAUAGGCCUGUGCUAGACUUAGAACCACCCUAUUGAACAUGCUUGAUAUUCCUGCUUUGCUGUGGUAAAGAUCAAAUCUCAAUGGUAAACUGUGCCUGCAAUAAUCCCUGAUAUACAUGUGAAAACAGCAGGUUUGGUGAUCCUUGAGCAUGGACUAGACUCCACAGUGCUGGCAUCCCUGUUUGUGUGCCUCUGCCUGGGUCCUGCUUUGAGGAUUCCCUGGUUGGUGAGGUAAUGGAAAU